ACUCUUCUCUUGCUAAGGCUCUAAAGAAAGAUUCUUGGUUGAAGACAGAUCACUUUUGCCUUGUAAGAAUCAGAAAUGGUUUCACAGGGUGCAGGAAGCUCGUGUAAGCUGCCAGUCACCGACUGAGUUCUGCCUACAACAGACCUGGGGAUGAAGGCUGCCAGCAUCUUGGCCCUGAUUGGCUGCCUGGUCACCGUCACUGAGUCCAAAGUCUACACUCGCUGUAAACUGGCAAAAAUAUUUUCAAGGGCUGGCCUGGACAAUUACCAGGGCUUUAGCCUUGGAAACUGGAUCUGCAUGGCAUACUAUGAGAGCCACUACAAUACGACGGCGCAGACCCAGCUGGAGGAUGGAAGCACUGACUACGGCAUUUUCCAGAUAAACAGCUUCACGUGGUGCAGACAUGCAAAGCUACAGGAGAAGAACCACUGUCACGUCGCCUGCUCGGCCUUGCUCACUGACGACCUCACAGAUGCGAUUAUCUGUGCCAAGAAAAUUGCUAAAGAGACAGAAGGGAUGAACUAUUGGCAAGGCUGGAGGAAACACUGCGAGGGCAAGGACCUGUCUGAAUGGAAAAAGGGAUGUGAGGUCUCCUGAACCGGAACCGGACCCAGGACGCUCUGCAACAAGUCCCUAGGAUUUGUAGUAUGUCAAAUGCUGGUAUCACCUUGUCCCCCUUCCUCUUGAUGUUCCUUCUCAAAGUUGGAGAGGGAAAACUAAGUUGUCAUUUUAAGGAAAUAAAUAUUUCCACUUAAGUAUCUUUACCUCA